AUGUGUGAUGAUUCACGUUCACUUCUGGGAACCAGCAUCCAGUUUCCCACUACAAGACAUUUUCCUCAUAAGAUCAAUAAAAAGACAAGCUGGAUUUUGAAGCAGUCCACUCUAAAGAAGAGUGUAUUUGCUAUCAUAGUAUUCACAAUGAUAUUAAUAAUAAUAUAUUCUAGGCAAACUCAAUCACCCUACUUGACCACGUUCAUACAAAAAUCCACCAGGCCAGAGCCGAACAUCAGAUGUGGAGUCAUUAACGGCCCUAGAAUACUCCAAAAUCAUGAUCACAAAACGGAUGCAAGACUGCGUAGUUAUCCCAAAGUUCUAGUUUUCGUAGAAACAACGUAUUCCAAACUUGGAAGAGACAUUGCUGAACUUCUGGUGCAUACAAGAAUAAAGUACAAAAUUGAGGUUACUGGUAAAAGUGUUCCGGUGCUGACUAACUUAGACAAAGGACGUUAUGGUGUAAUAGUAUUCGAAAAUUUCAACAAAUAUCUCCAGAUGGAUAACUGGAACAGGGAGUUGUUGGAUAAAUAUUGUCGAGAAUAUUCCGUGGGUAUUAUAGGUUUCAUCCUGCCUGAAGAAGAGACCUACGUUGGCACCCAACUCAAAGGGUUCCCUAUAUUUAUUCAUAACAAUUUGAGAUUGAAGGAUGCAGCUUUGAAUGCAGCUUCUCAAGUUUUGAGGUUAACAAGAGCUGGAGAGACAGCUUGGGGUGAGCUGCCGGGAAACGAUUGGACAAUUUUUCAAGCCAAUCAUUCGACUUAUGAACCUCUGGAGUGGGCAAUCAGGAAUGACCAUUUCCAACUGAAUGACAGUGGUGCCAAAACUCCCCUACCGACCGUCAUCCAAGACCACGGCCUCUACGACAACAUACAGAGGGUGAUAUUCGGGUCGGGCCUUAGGUUCUGGCUGCACCGCUUGUUGUUCCUCGACAGCCUGAGCUACCUCAGCCACGGUCAGCUCAGUCUGUCGCUGGACCGGAAGUUCCUGGUCGAUAUCGACGACAUUUUCGUGGGGGAAGUGGGGACUCGGAUCAGGGCCGACGACGUGAGGGCUCUGAUCAAUACGCAGGAGAGGCUGGCUAGUAUGGUGCCAGGAUUCAAAUUCAAUUUAGGCUUUUCUGGAAAAUAUUUCCAUCAUGGCAAUAAUGAGGAAGACAAAGGCGACGACUUGAUUUUGGAGAAUAUCGAAAAAUUCACGUGGUUCUCGCACAUGUGGAACCAUCAGCAACCACACUUGUACGAUAAUCUGACUUUAUUGAUGGAGGAUAUGAUGCUUAAUAAAAAUUUCGCUAAAGAUAAAGGGAUCCCCGUCGAUUCGGGGUACUCUGUCUCCCCCCACCACUCGGGCGUCUACCCCGUCCACAAGCUGCUCUACACGGCAUGGAAGAAGGUGUGGAACGUGCGCGUCACCUCCACGGAGGAGUACCCCCACCUACGGCCGGCCCGGCUGAGGCGCGGCUUCAUCCACAGGAACGUGAUGGUGCUGCCGCGGCAGACGUGCGGGCUGUUCACGCACACGAUGUUCAUCGAGCGGUACCCGGGCGGCAGAGAGAAGCUGGACGAGGCUAUCAGGGGCGGCGAGCUGUUCCAGACGAUCGUCUACAAUCCGAUCAACAUAUUCAUGACUCACAUGUCUAACUACGGCAACGACAGAUUGGGACUGUAUACCUUCGAAUCCGUAAUCAAAUUCAUCCAAUGCUGGACAAACAUCAAACUGUCUUCGGCUCCGCCACUGCAGCUUGCCGAGAACUACUUCAAACUCUAUCCCGGCGAAGCCGAUCCAGUAUGGGGAAACCCUUGUGAUGAUGUGAGACAUCAGAAGAUCUGGUCUAGGAACAAGUCGUGCGAUUCUCUACCGAAAUACUUGGUGAUAGGGCCUCAAAAGACCGGCACCACCGCUUUGUAUUCGUUUCUGUCUCUCCACCCUGCCAUCAGCAGUAACUUACCUAGUCCGACUACUUUUGAAGAGAUCCAAUUCUUCAACGCCCACAACUAUCUCAGAGGAUUGGAUUGGUAUAUGGAUUUUUUUCCGACGGACACGAAUUCUUCGGCAAAAUACUAUUUCGAAAAGAGCGCUACGUAUUUCGAUGGCGAAUUGGUGCCCAAAAGGGUACACGCCCUAUUGCCUCACGCCAAGCUCAUAACGAUAUUGAUAUCGCCCGCCAGAAGGGCCUACAGCUGGUACCAACAUACGAAGGCCCAUGGUGAUGUCAUCGCUAACAAUUACAGUUUCCAUCAGGUGAUAACGGCUACGGAUACCGCUCCGAAAGUGCUCAGAGAUUUGAGAAAUAGAUGUCUUAAUCCAGGAAAAUAUUCGCAGCACUUAGAGCGAUGGAUGACAUAUUUUUCCCCGCAAUCUAUGCAUAUUAUCGAUGGUGAAGAACUAAAAAAUAAUCCGUUCGAGGUUAUGAACGAAUUGCAGAAAUUUUUGAAAAUAGUGCCAGUUUUCAAUUAUACGGAGCAUCUCAGAUUUGAUCCGAAGAAAGGGUUUUUUUGUCAGAUAGUGAAGGGCGACCACACAAAAUGUUUGGGUCGCAGCAAGGGUAGACAGUACCCCCCAAUGGAAGAAAAAUCGCUGAAGUACCUGCAGAGGUACUACCUGAGCCAUAACACAGCUCUGGUGAAGCUGUUUAAAAAAAACGGGAUGCGGGUCAUUCCUAAUUGGCUGAAAGAUGAUUUGUCUGACAAAACAGACAAGGACAAUUAUUGA